GAGGGCGACGAGGGCUGGUCUUUUGCUAAAGGUCGCCGUGGCAAGGCUCAAGUCUCGAACUUCGCAUGCCCGUCCUGUGGUUGCAAGAAGAGCAGCGUCAAUGCCACGCAUUGCAAGCACUGUGCGCACCCUCUUCCUCGGCUGCUUCCUGGUGCUGGGCUUCCUGCUGGUGGUCGCUGGGCUGCCUCUGGCCCCCCUGGUUACUGGCUUGAGAACGGCGUCAGUGGCAAGGGGGCGUCCUUCCAGUACGGCGGGGGCAAAGCAGGUGGUCGAGGGCUUUGUGGCAAAGGCAAGGGCAAAGGCUUCUACGGCGGGGACAAGACGAUGUGGGACGUGCUGGCUCGUCAAGGAGAUUCGUGUGCUGGAGGUCCCGCGGGCGGCCCCCCUCCUCUUCCCGUGGGACCAGUGCCUGCCAUCUCAGCGUCUGAGGCUAAGGCCUUGGGCGAGUCGCUUCAGAAAGCGGGAGAUGUUGCGACGGCCGCCAAGUACCUGGACAUGGCAAAGCAUCUGGAGGCGGCCGCGAAGCCCGCUGUUGUCUCGGACCACACGAAGAUGCAGCAGGCCCAUGCCUUGGUGCGCAAGUUGGAGAAGCAGAUGGAGCAUCAACUGGGCCGAGUCACGCGUCUUCGGGAACAACUCAUCGAAGCGGAAGCCUCGCUACGUACUUCGCGGGCCCACCUUGACCAGGCAGACAUGGACUACAAGGAGACGCUGGCUGCCCUGCAAGGGCCCCCUCAGCCUCUGGAGAAGGCUCAUCCGAUCUCUUUCAAGCUCGAGGAUUUGGUUGCAGGAGACGUGGACUUCGCCAAAAUCAUCGAUUGCAGUCAUAUGCUGGAGGAUCUCACGACCGACUACGACGUGGAUGCGGCCGACCUCGAACAGUUCCAGAAGAGGAAGGAGGACCUCUCAUCGGGGGUCACCAAGCUGGCCAGGGAUCUCUUCGCCCAGGUCGCGUCGCACGCCAAGGUGCUGCCGCGGCUGGAGCUGGAGCAGGGGCGCCGUCUGAAGGUGCCAAGGGUGCAGCGUCUGGAGCGGGGUCGGCUGAGGCUGGUCAG